UGUAGGUAUUGUAAUCUACCGAUUCAAUCUCGUUUUUCAUUUAUAGGCUGGAUUUGUGAGACUUUUCUCAACGGUAUGAAUUUUUCCGGUGUUGGACGUUUCAAUGUAACUGGUCAGCUCUAUUCUGCUGAGGUACUGAACCGAUACUUUAUUACUUGGUGGUCAUCCUUAAGCCGACAACCAUGUAGGUGUAAGGCCACUCAGAAGGUGAUAUGUAGUAGCUUUCACAAAGCCGCUGCAUCACCCUCCACCCAGUCAGAACUAUCAAGAUGGAGAAUUUACAAGCCUGGUCAUGUUACAACACGAAGCAACGGGACAAUGCACCCACAAGUUGGAUUGUCCCAAGGCAAAACCACAAGUACACAGCCGAAAACCUUACUCUGUAACAAUGGACAGGAACUGGUCUUAAAGUGGCAUAAUGGAAAAGACUUGAGGUAUCAUGCGGUGUGGCUACGGUACAACUGUCAGUGUCCAGAAUGUGUUCAGCCCCACUCUGGUCAGCGCCUGUUAGAGACCACUAAUGUCAACCCUGGCACUGUUAUUGAAACAGCUUACUUCAAUGAAAAUGGAACAGAGUUACAUAUUAAGUGGGCAGACAGUCAGCAUCAUGGACAUGUUAAAGUUGAUUUCUUACAACAACAUAGUUACCAUGGCCGCCAGGAACCAGUGUCACGGGACCAGGGCACUCGACUCCCCAGUAUGAGUUAUGAGGAGGUAAUCAGUGGGGAUAAAGGGCUCCUCAGGUGGCUGCAACAUAUAAACGAGGAUGGGAUGUGUCUGGUUAAAGGUGCACCCACAGAAAUGACAACACUUCCGGAGGUGGUGGAGAAGAUAGCACCAAUUCAGGAAACAAUCUACGGCAAGCUAUUUGGUGUGGAGAGUACCCCCAAUCCUAUCAAUGUGGCAUACACAUCAGUAAAGUUAGACUACCACAUGGAUCUAGUAUACUAUGAAUCGCCCCCUGGCCUUCAGUUCCUGCACUGUAUCAGGUUUGAUGACUGUGUUAUCGGAGGUGAGAAUCUGAUGCUGAAUGUUAUAGGAGUGGCGGAGCGCUUCAGGAAACAACAUCCAGCUGACUUUGACGUUCUCACUAAAGUCCCAGCCACAUUCCAGAAAGUUCACUUUGCUCGUGCUGACCCUGUUAUGAUGAAGUAUCAACGACCCCACAUUAAUCUCAGUCAUAAGGGCGAGAUUGUGAAUGUGAUCUGGUCACCCCAGUUUGAAGGACCUCUCUGUGUAGACUAUGCUGAUGUGCUGCAGUACUACAGAGCGUACCACAAGUUCUCCAAGGCCAUAUAUACGGACCAGGACUGU